UCUAGACGUUGUUUGUAGAUUUUUAAGUAAAGAUAUGACGCUUCAGAUUGAAACCGAAGUUAAUUUAGGCCUUGAGCCAUGUGUGGCCGUCUGGAAUAAAAAUCUAUUUGUUGGAACAGAAUGUGGAUCUGUUGUUGUACUAAAUCAAAAUCUUCAAUCUGAAACGAAAUGGGCAGCUCAUGAAGUACAGAUAUUUGCUAUGGCCGUAAGCAACACUAAUGUUUAUACAACUUCUAAUGAUGGAUGUAUAAAAGUUUGGACAUUAAAAGGUGAAGAAGUAACUCAAUUAAAAACCGACGGCGCCGAUAUAGGAGCCAUGUUUGUAUUAGGUGAAAAAUUGUAUGCAGGAGAUGAAGGUGGAAAUAUUUUUGUCUACGAGAAUAACGCAUUGAAAGCCUUCUACAAUGUUUUGGAAGAAGUUAAAGAUGUAGUUGUGCAACCUCCUUAUAUGUUUACUGCUCGUGAUCUCUAUGUAACAAUAACUGAAAUUAAACCUGAUCAAUCAAAGGAUCAAUUUGUCACUCGCCAUGUUAUGGAAGGAAGGGCGCCCAUGAGGAUACUUAACGAAUCUCGUUUAGUGGUGAUAGGAAGAGGUGGAAAUAAUUUACAAUUACAUGAGUUAUCUCUUGAAUCGAAAUUUAAAAAACUGCAUGAAGUAAAGGUAAGUGACAUGAUUCUGACAAGUCUUACAACCAGUGGUGACUUUGCUUGGACUGCUGGCUGGGAUGGUUUUGUGCGUAGAUGGAAAGUAUCUGGUGAAAGACUUGAGGCUGCAGGAGAAAUGAAUCUUGGUGGAUGUAUUAAUGCUCUAGUGACAUCAUCUUUGGAUCAUGUUUGUGCCCUUUUAGCAGGUGGUCGUGUUCUUAUAAUAAAAUCUAUGUAAGUUUAUGGAUUUUAUCAGAUUGUACUUAAUUUUAAUGUUAGUUCUGCAAAAAUGCAUUUUAUUUAUAAAAUAAUGUUUAACUUUAAUAUAAAUAUUAAUAGGUUUAGCUAGAGCUGAUGUAGUAUUUGCUUUUGUAAUAUUCUUUUAAGAAUUCAAUAAAGAUAUUUUCUAUUAAGA